AACACAUUGGACAAGAUUAUGUUUCUCCAAACCUGUUAUGCCAUUCUGUUUACAUCAAUUCUGGGGUCUGAUGUGAGACUCCAAGAAAAAGAUGACUGGUACACUGCAAACCACACCUGUACUGAGAACUUGUCUGGUAGACUUUUGUCAAAGAUAGAUGUGACUAUGGACCCAGCAUUAAGGGAUAUCACCACACCUAGUUCAAAAUCUUACUGGUCCAACAAAAUGGCCACCAUUACGGAUUUCAUUCAAUAUGACGGUUGUUUUAAUUCUUCCGAGUUACAUGCACAAAAACAGCUGGUACCGCCAUCACGAAGUCCUAUCGCUGCCUGCUUUGAAUAUUGUAACAAUAUGAAUACAUCUCGUAUAGGAGUAACGACCAAAGACAUGAUGAAUGUUUCUUGCAUAUGCUUGGGGGAUGAAAAACUUUAUCGGGAGAACAUUAGCACUUGUUACAUACCUUGUCCAAAUGACUUCCUGAAUACUUGUGGCAGUGAGGACUUUAUAUCAGUGUAUGUUAGACAACACUUUGGAGCACAAAAUCCCACAGAAAUGUCCGAAUGCGUCGCCAUUACAACAGACGAUAAUGGUAUUUCAUUGAGUGUUGAUGAUUGCAUGAAAACCAAUGAUGGAUACAUUUGCAAAAUCUGUGAAGAGGACAAAUGCUCUACGAAGAUUUUCGCUGGAAAAGAAAAAAUAACGUGGCAGGAAGCACAGCAAGAAUGUGAAGGGCACGGUGGAUACCUGGGUAAUAUAGGAACUUCGCGGAAUAAGACAAUCUGGACUGGAUACAAAAGAUGGAUGUUGAAGGAGGACUAUUCUGUUUUUUCAAGACUGUGCCUCUUAUGUGAAUACAAAAAUGGAACUGCAGACUGUAUCUACGCUAACUGUUCGGAACAACAUGAAUCUUUAUGUGUAACCGAGUCUGAGCAGCUACAGGAAGUUGCCUGGUUUGAUGCAGAGAGAAGUUGUGAGACUUCCGGUUCUAGACUAUUGACAGAGAAGGAAUUUUCAGAGAAGGUCAUUGGAGACAAUAUGUUUACGUCACACUCUUUCUGGAUAUAUGGUGUUGCUGAAUACUCGCCAUGCGCUAGAAGCAUAGGUUGUUGCGACAUCUCUAACACUUCUAACAUAUCGUCAUUAAGCGGUGUUCAGAAUUCUGUUCUGAAAUGCAUGGAAUUUUGUAAAGACACGCCCUAUCUUGGACUAACAAAAGAAAAUACAACAAUUGACAAAUGUUUCUGUAUAGAAGAUAUUGAUACAUUGUCCGCAAUCUUCACAAACGCCAGUGAGUGUGCAAUGAAUUGUCAUGAAGAAUAUACAGACUUAUGUGGAGGGCAUGAUCGUUUGAUUGUGUAUGAAAUAGACAGAAAAAGUGUAGCGGAAGGGAUGUAUGAAACAUCGGUGGAAUGUAUGUACCUGAUAAAGCAUCAAGACUACAUGAACAUGCGUUCUGCUGACUGUCUUAUAGAUGCUACUGGUUACAUCUGUGAAACAUGUGAAACUGGUAAGGAGAAUUGUACACAAGCUGCUUACCCUGGUGAGUUGAAUUGGUAUGAAGCUGACGAGGAAUGCCGGGAAAUUGGCGGGAAUCUUGGAAACAUGGAGUUUUCUGAUUAUAGUAGUCUUAAGGAUGGUACAUACUGGUAUGGAAACAGACGAUGGCUGAAAGAAGAGGAUCCAAGAGGGGCAAAACAGUCUGAAACGGAAGCUUGUCUAAGCUGCAGAUCUAAAAAUGGCAGUCCGGACUGUGUUUACAAGUACUGCAGUGAAAAUUUACAGGCACUAUGCACAGAAGUAAAUUCAACGGAGCCUACCACUCAUGAAAUAACAACAGUCCACACAGUCCAUAAAUUAAUGACAACGAUAAAAUACUACACUAAAUCAGCCGGUUCAAGUGGAACUUUGAUAUUUGUUCCGACACAGAGUUCAGAUCAACAUGAUCAAGGCAAGGCUAAAUUUCAAAACGAGCAUGACGAUUUCAACUCCAAUGUUAUCGCCGUGAUUGUGGCGUUGUUGGUGAUAUGUGGCGUGGUGGUCAUGUUGGUAAUCACAAAAUUACGGAAGAAUGAAAAGGUGACAUCAGACGUUACAGACCUAAUAGAUACAAAGAAUGGACCAACCAAAAUUUCCUUUCUAAAGGAAAACGAUAGUAGACCAUCAUCAUUAAGUCACGUGACAGUUGAAAGGCAGAGAAGCUUCUCUAACCCCAGCUUUAUGGAUCAUGAUGUAGACAUUUUAGCCAAAAGUUUAGACAAUGAAACUACCCAUCAAGAUCAUGAUCAAACUAAUUAGUGGAAAUUGCUCUCUCUCUCUCUCUCUCUCUCUCUCUCUCUCUCUUCAGGAAGACCGAUUAUCAUCUCUUUGUGCAUAAUGUUGAAAGAAAAUUGGAUAAUCAUAAAAAUUUAGUCAGGUAAUUAAUUUAGACCAUCCGUAUUUUAAUUAUUAUUAGUUAUCAUGGUAGGAAAUAUUUCCUUAUUGUGUAAUAUACAAUUCUGAAUAGGGAGACCAAUACCAUUAUUAUUAAAAAAAAAUUAUCUACUUUGCCAUUUACUGCAUGAAGCUUAAAUUGUGGCUAUGGUAUUGAAAUUAUAAUGCAAUGUUACUUUUUAAGUACACGUGUCUUGUUAAGCGGAUGAUGUCUAAUGGAAUUUGCACAUUAUGUAAUGAAUUUCUGAUUUAUGUGAUUCCAUGAGUCGCGUUAUAAAAACACUUAUUCUGAAAGAGGAAAUGACCAUGAGUGUUAAAAUUAGAAGUGUAAUUAUUUAACACUGCAACACGUGGCAAAUAUGAGUGGCCAAAUCAAGGUCCAUGGAUAAGAAAUAAAACUUUGAAAAUUCUCAGUACUUCCUGUAUAUAACUUUACUAGAACAAAUUCAUUUUAUUAUUGUUAUUAUAAAGAAUAAUUAUUAAAAUUCAAAAAUUUUAUCUUCUAUAUGAAGCUUGCUAGAUUGUAGCGGCCUUGGAUUCAAAAUACAUCAUGUAUAUUCUCAAAAUGAUCAUUACUGUAUUUACUCAUGUAUGGUUUUGCGUUAUGUAUAAUUGGCAUAAUUUAAAAAAAAAAACACUAAUGUACGACAACAUUUCAUUGUUUAUAUGAUGAGCUGAUUGUUGACCUAUGUAUGCAUAAUUCAGUAACAUGUCGGGGUUUUUGUGAAUCAAUAAAAUUCUCUCAAACAAG